AUGCAUGCCGUUGGCCGCAUGGAGCCGGACGCGCCCCCAGGGCCGCGGUCCGGCACCGCCUUGUCAGGCACCACUCUUAACUCGGGUCAUCAGGUGCCUGAGAGGACCUCUUCCGCGACAGACUUCACCAAUUCAUCCCUCUCUCAAACCCAGAGAAAACUAGAGCGAAUGCAUAGCAAGUCGAGGCGCGAACACACGCACCACCACUCUCAUUCUUCCAAACACCACAGGGAUGAGCAAAAGACAGUUGGGGAGUACGCCCUGCAUGUGCUCUUCACGUCCUUUAUUGCCCAAGCCGAGGAGAAGCUCAAUGACUGCAUCACAGUGCCGUUUGAACCCGAGCCACAAGUCGAGCAAAUAUGCGGCCCAGGAGUCGAUCCAUCUUUCGACCAGAUCAUCACUGCCUUGGGCCACAUCGCACGCCCACGUCCGAAGCCCCUAAUAGAUUCCAUGAUGCUGUGGAGGAAAAGCAAGAGCGAUGCAGCCAACGAGGCCCGAAGCCAGUUGCAACAGUCGAAAGGCGCCGCGCCCGUCCUCCUCCAGCGAAGAAACACCGAACCCGUUCAACCCUUACCCGGGGCCAUGGACAAUGGUUUGGCGAGUCCGCAGACGUCACUCGCUGCCAAGCAAGAAUUUGUAGCCCACGCGGAACGCCGCUCGACAGUCUCAAUCUAUAUCUUGUGCCGUGUUUUGCUGGAGGUCAUCAGCCAGACCAGUCUCCCCUUUUUGACGUUGGAGAUGGAAGAAAAGCUUGAGGGCAUAAUCUUCGGUCAACUGAAGAUCGCCGACACCGACCAGCUCAUGGUCAGCCCCUUGAAGCUCGCAAACUGGAACCUGUUCUCUCAGCUUCUCGGAGCGAUGAGCGAGAUCAACUUCAGGGGCGUCACUGAUAGAUUUCUCGGCGACCUGGAGCGCUCUCUCCAGGAGCUGGUCGCCAAAAGCCCGACCUCCCCAGCAGGCCGGGACGCUGAAGGCAAGAUUGAGCUGGUUCUCGGGGGCAUGAAGCACCUCAAGGUCAACAUGUCACACCCGGAAGCUUGGGAACAGUCGUGCGACUUCAUGGUGGCGGUCGGACGCCUCUUCCAUCGAUCCCACGGCCAGCGUGUCAAGACAGCCUUCUGCCAGGUGCUCGAGACGCUUUUGCUCACCGUCGCUGCCCAGGCGACGAACCAAGACUUGGCUCAUCCGAAAUGGAUCGAGGUCCUUGGAUCAAUUGGUCCCCGGCUUGCGCAGAUGUUCAUCAAGCCCCGGCACUGGGGCUUCGCUUUCCCUCUGACGGCCACGCUGCUCUGCGUAUCCCCCCCGGAUACCUUUGGGUCCCAAUGGCUCCAGUUGAUUCUUCCGCUGCAGCCGAAGCUCAAAGACCGCUUCACACGACCACUGUGUCUCCAGGUGAUUGCGCGGCUCUUGUGGACAUACUUAUACCGAACGAACGAUACACUGCCCAAUACCACAAGAAAGCUGGAUGAAGUGAUGAAGUUGGUUUUGCCGCCAACGAAGCGUAGCCUUAUUGCAUCCGACUCGGCCGUUGCCGAACCCAUCAUCCAGAUCAUUAGAAUCAUCGGGUACAAGCACCCAGAGUACUGCUUUAAGCAUGUCAUCUUCCCCCUGAUCAAUGCCGAGCUGUUCGUCUCCAACAAGGAUCUGAGGGUCGAACAGCUCGAUCCGGACCGGAUGGUGAUUGGAAUCAGAGCCUUCCUGGCCAUCAUGUUGGACCUUGAGAGGGGGGACGAAGGCCGGCCCCCUUUUCCGAGUUCGUUUCCGCCGCCGCCUACAAUCGAACGUGAACGCAUGCCGCCGUCCCCUAUGAUGGUCUCGCCUCACCAUGGUUCGCCCAUGGCUUUUACCGGAGCGUCAGGAGAGGGCGAACAACUCUCCCGCCCCGUGCGUACAUCCGCUCUGAAUGACGUGGUCAAGGAGUACUAUCACAAGUUCUGCGAAAUCCUUGGAAAGAUCACCAUCAUCUGCGACAACACCUUUGGAGGCCAGGCUGUGCUGGACGAGAAGUUCAGCAGUCCUGGCCCCAAGACCCCAAUCGCAGACACUUUCAACUUUGCGCGGCGAGAUGACCAGCCUCCCGCCGACCACAAACAGGCGUUUUAUGAGCUUUUGCAUGUUGCCGUUCAAGCGUUGCCCCGUUGCCUCUCUGCGGAUAUACCCUUCAACUCGUUGAUUAACCUACUUUGCACGGGCACUGCUCACGUGCAAUAUAACAUCGCCUAUUCAUCGGCACAAUCACUUAAAGCUAUAGCCCGACAAGCCCAUGCGCAGCAAGUCACUAUGGGAUUUGCUCGCUUCAUCUUCAACUUUGACGACCGGUACUCGACAAUGUCUGAUGGCGGAAUGCUUGGCCCGGGUCACAUCGAAAGCACGCUUCGUCUGUACGUCGAGUUGCUGCAAAUAUGGAUUGAGGAGAUCAGACGAAAGACUCGCGAUGCUUCGCUUGACCAACUCGAGACAAGCGACAAGCGCGGCGCAAAGCUCGAUCUGUCGGGUAUCUGGGCCGAAGUUGACCAGGCGGAGGCUCACGGGCUGUUCUUCUUGUGUUCGCAGUCUAGGAGAGUGCGGUACUUUGCCAUCACCGUCCUUCGACUCAUCACCGACUUCGACAGAGCGCUCCAAAACCAAGACAGGGAGACUUUAAGAGUUAUCGACAUCCUAGAGAACGAUUCGAUGCAGGUGAUGAACUUCAAGGACGAGGGUCUUUCCGUCGCGGAGAGAAGCAGACUCCAGAGGGGGAUGCAAAACAGCAAUAAUCGGGGCGCUCUUGUAGAGCUGUGUACUAGUGACGUGUCAUACGACACGACGCUGUGGUUCAAGCUCUUCCCUAAUCUUAUCCGCAUCGCGUACGAAAAGUGCCCCUUCACAGUCACCAUUGGCCGUGACUUAAUAUGCAACCGGAUUCUGCAGAUGUACAAGGCCAUCGUGCUCUUGUCGGAACCUUCUAGGGGGCUGUACUACGGAUCAGAUCCCGGGAGCGCCCGCGUCGCUGGUAGAACACCAACGACACAGCCGGAGAUCCUUGUGGAACAGUGGAAGUUCUACCUGAUAUUCGCCUGUACGACUCUGGCCGACCCAGGGAGCGUCGUCCCCGCCAACCCUCAAGGCACACAGCAUAGCCGAAGGACAUCCAAGCCAGCCUCUGCGGACAAAAUUGUCUCAGCUAGAGUCCUGUUCAAGUACCUGAUCCCGCUCCUGUCCGUCUCCUCGGCGUCCGUCAGGGAUGCAGUCGUCUCGGCUAUGGGGUCGAUCAACAUACACAUAUAUCGCACUCUACUGGAGGAGCUGGCAGGCCAGGUUUCGCGUUGCAACGACGAGGCCCGCGCUCGCAUCCACCAACGCACCAACAGCAGCCCGAGACGCAACCGCAAGAUGGAUCUCCUCAGAACCGAAAUCACACACGUAUACAAGCUCACCUGCCACUUCCUCAAGGAGGAGGAAGUUUACAAUGACGAGUGGGUUCUGACUAACUUGGUCACAUUCACUCGGGACCUGAAGCUCUUCCUGAUGGAUGGAGAAGUACAAAUGGACUGGGAGUUUCAGAAGCUCAGGCGCCACUACUGCGGCCUGACAGAGGAGCUCUUCGAGGGAAUCAACCGGACGAAAGACCCUUCCCGGUGGAUGACAUUUGAAUCCCGCAAGUCCGCCUUCUCUUUGAUGGAAGACUGGUGCGGGUUUUCGCCCAACCAAACCCAGAUCCGCGUCCGGGAGGAUACCAUGCGGCAGUCUCUUAUCGACCAGCAGUCCCUCGGAGAGAGAGGCACAGUUACUGCAGCCAUGGAGAUCGAGAAGCGAAACCUCCGCACGGCUGCUCUCAGUGCCAUGGCUGCCCUUUGUGGUGGGCCGAUGAGCAUAACCACUGAGAGUGGCGCAACACUCCAGUUUGAUAUCCGGAGAAUGCUCGCUUGGAUCGAGGCCAUCUUCAACUCGGGCAGCGACCGUAUGAACGUAAUCGGUCGCCGGGCUCUGAAGAACCUGAUUAUCCACAACCAAGAGCUGCCGUACCUGCUAGAGCACUGCAUCGCUCGUUGCUACCUGUCUGACGUUUCAAAGGUUCAGGAGAGCUACUUUGCUGUCGUGACUCAAGUUUUGCUGGAACAUCUCGACUACUCGUGCCAGUUCUGGAAGCUGCUUGGGCUCUGCCUCUUCACGCUCGGUAACGAUGAGAGCGAAAUACGAUCCAAGUCUGCCCGGUUGAUGAGGUCGCUUGAAGAGAGGCAGCAGCCAGGCCGAACCUCCAAGAUCCAGGACUACGACAUUAGUAUUUCCGACAAAACGAAGGCGGUGUAUAAGCUGGCCCAGUUCGAGAUCUCGAAACGACUUGCAAAACAGCAUACCGAGCUGGCAUUCCACAUCUUCUCGGAGUUUACCCUCUACUUUAAAGACCUUCAGCCUGCCUCACAACGCAACGUCGUAGCUGUCAUACUGCCCUGGAUCCAGUCAAUCGAGCUCAAGGUUGACCCCAAUGGCGGCCCCACGUCACAGUCCUACGUUCUCUUGGCCAACUUGCUAGAGAUCACCAUCAAAUCGAGCGGCGCACUGCACAACGAGGUUCAGGCGCUGUGGCAAGCCCUCGCCACUGGUCCCUAUCCGGGGAAUGUUCGAUUGAUUCUCGACUUCAUCAUCUCUCUGUGCCUUGAGCGGCGGGAGCAAAACUUUGUCGAGUAUGCCAAGCAGAUUGUCGUUUUCCUCUCCAGCACUUCUAGUACGCCAGGCAUGAAGGUUGUUGAGUUUCUCCUCAUGCAGAUUACCCCCAAGGCAAUGGUUCCGAACGAGAAGAAGGAUGCUAUGCCGCCGCCACCAGACAUUGGCCUCCUGCCUUACUGCGCAGACCUGGGAGAGGCACUCCCCGUGGGUACGAAGCAAGCUGGGUUCUCUCUAGGACAGCUCUCGCUGAUCCUGCUGGUCGAUCUCAUGGUGUCUCCUGUGCAUCUAACCCCCGAGAACGUACCGGUGCUCCUUCAGGUGGUAACGGUACUUUGGGAUCAUUACACUCCUCUCGUCCAAGAGCAAGCUAGGGAGAUGCUGGUCCAUCUCAUCCAUGAGCUCGUUAUUUCUCGCCUUGAUGAUCAGACGGAGACCACGGCUAGAGCAUCGAUUGAGGAUCUCAUCGACUUGAUUCGUCGUCACGAUCGCUCAGUCGUCUGGGGCUACGAGGACAGCAACGGCAAGGCCGAUGAUCACGACAACAAGGUGCCCCCAAGCAUGGAGUUUUUGACCGCAGAGGUAGUCAAGACGUUCGAGAUGACCUACCCAGGUAUCAAGGAUCAGUGGGGCAGGCUGUCGCUGACAUGGGCAACGUCAUGUCCCGUCCGACACCUCGCCUGUCGCUCAUUCCAGAUCUUCCGAUGUAUCCUCACCUCCUUGGAUCAGUUCAUGUUGGGAGAUAUGCUCGCACGCUUGUCAAACACAAUCGCCGACGAAGAUACCGAGAUCCAGACCUUUGCGAUGGAGAUCCUUACCACACUCAAGACGCUUAUCCUGAAGCUCGAUGCGGACAAGCUACUUACGUUCCCCCAGCUCUUCUGGACAACAUGUGCCUGCUUGGAGUCUAUCAACGAGCGCGAGUUCCUCGAGGCUGUGGAGAUGCUCAACGAGUUUCUGACAAAGAUCGACUUCCGGUCACUCAACGUCCGCAGGCUUCUGCUCGACGGCCAGCCCUCGAGAUGGGACGGCCAGUUUGAGGGCCUUCAGUCUCUGCUGUACAAGGGAAUGCGAUCUUCCGUGUGUAUGGAGGCCACUCUUAGCACACUCGACAAGCUCGUCCAACUGCCUAGCGACGGCCUCAUCGGUGACGAUAGUCGGCUGUUCUUUGCCGUCUUGGCCAACUUCCCCCGCUUCCUCCACGAGAUGGAGCAGGACGAGCCUAGCGAGCAAGCUUUGCAAUCCGCCAGCAUUCUGGGCGCCGUCUGCGAGGUCCAGGGGUUCCGCAACAUUGCCGAACUCCUUGGGGAAUACGUCACGUUCAAGUACCAGGGUAACAGCAGGGAGUUCCAAAGCCGUCUCUUCGCCGCGUUGAAGGAUCACUUCCUUCCCAAGCUGGAUUUCAAGAUGAUCAUCUUUUUGAUGGGCCUGCUUACGAACGCCACGGCGUGGGUGAAGCUCAAGACCAUGAGAAUCCUCAGCAUUGUUAUACCCGAGAUUGACAUGCGGAGGCCCGACCUCGCCGGCCACGGUUCCGAUCUCAUCUCUCCCCUUCUUCGUUUGCUGCAGACCGAGUUCUGCAUGGAGGCAUUGGAGGUGUUGGACAACAUUAUGACGAUGUCGGGCAGCGCCAUGGACAAGCAGCACCUGAGGAUGAGCAUGACGCGUUCUACGUCCAAGACGAUUCGCAAGGAGUACGAGCGGACACAGAGUCUGUUCGGCAUCCCGGAAGCCACGGGAUGGGCCAUUCCGAUUCCGGCCAAGAAGACGGAUUCCACGCGCGCCAACAUCCACGCCGCAUUCUACAUGUGCCAGACCGCUGAAGGAAUCCUCACGGAGGCGACCCCGACUCCCGACGUCGAAUUCCACAACGACGACUUCCCGUACAGCUACUUCCAGAUGCCUGACAGGACUGAGACGAUGAUGUCCGAUGAGGGCCGCGCAGACGGACACCUCAGCGACCUCGUGACGAAGCUAGACAGCCUUGACGACUUCUUCGACGAUCUCGGAACGAGCCCACCCAGCGACGACCGCUCAUCGAAGACCAUCACUGAGUUCUCGCCGGACAGCUUCGAGUCCGGAGCGCAGUUGGACCCGAGCUCCAACACGAUGAACCCUGGAGCUUUUAGCGCGGCGUCGUCGUCGUCGGCCACCGGCGGAAUGGGGGGCGGCUCGCGGCCGGGUCUCCACUACAGGUCCAUCACGUCCCCGUCCGCGCCUGCGUCGUACCAGCCUCACAUUAGCGAGUUUGCGUCGGACGACGAGUUCCUCGAGGACGUCUUUUCGGACGCUGACGACGAGCGACCGAACACGGGUAACGGCGAGGGCUCCUUUUCCUUGGAGAGUAUGAUCAAACCGCUCGCGCAGAGCACGAGAUCGCGGAUGCGUCGCUUGACGGGGGGCAGAUCGCGUGACAAUGAUCGACAACAAGAGCUGUUCCGUGCUGAGCGGGCGGCCGCUGCGCAUCAGGUACCCAAGGUGCCGACCAAUUUCCUAACCAAGAUGCCGUCUCAAGGGGAGAUGCUUUAA